UCAUUCCGCCUCCCAACGCUCACCCAGCCAAAAAAAUGAGAGGUCGUGACUUCAACAAAAAAUACUACGACCGCCUCAGUUCCCCUUACCAAAUCAACUCACCUGCUGGUGACUCCGAUUCCGAUGACGGUGACGGUCCUCUAUAUGCUAACCGACCAGUACAUGAAGAAGACAUGUCUGAUUCGAUCGACUUGAUGGCUCCAAGCGAAGGGAGCGAUGCAGAAGAUAAGGCCAUCAACAAACUUUAUUUUACUUCUGGGGACUUUGGCGAUCUGUACGAAGAAAGCAAAGAAGAUGGAGAUUAUACCCCCGGUGAAGAUGAAGACAGCGAGGAUGACGGUGGCCAGAAUGGCAAGAACGCCCAAGUCCCUUUUGAUACAAUUGGUGACCAACCAAUGCAAGAGUAGUUCCUGUCUGAUUGUACUCGGUUCUUACUUGGGGUUCAAUUAGAAUUCCCCUCUGAUUUUGUGUCUUUUCUCUUCCGCUGUGACUUUGUCUGUCCUUACCGAUAUGUUCCAAUUACGACUCUCUUUAACGUUCCAAUUAUGUCUCUUUUCUUGAAAUCAAAUGUGUGUGUAUGUGACUUGUUUGCUGAAAUAUUUACGUGUGCGUGAUCUCAAUGUGGCUUAUGAAACUCUCCCUUAUGAAAUUCCCCCGUGUAUGUUUGAAAUCAAACGCCGUUUCCUUUGGUUUGGAAAGAUC